AUGGAGGAUGAAUUAUUUGCAUUGCAGAAGACUACUACUUGGGAGUUGGUUCCUUUGCCUGUUGGACUCUGCUUUAUUCUCCUCUACACCUUUGCUAGUUUUGUUGCCCUAUUACUGUAUGUGAAUGAUGUGAUUAUCACUGAUCCUGACUCUUCUGUUAUCUGUGAGGCCAAGUAUGCCAAUGAGUUUAUUCACUCUACCAGUCUCAUUGAUACUAAGAUUUCUAAUACCCCCAUUGAGCUUAAUGUGAAACUCAACACCGUUGAUCGUGUUCCUCUAGAUGAUCCUACUUUAUAUAGAGAGCUUGUGGAUUGCUUAGUUUCUCUGACGGUUACUUGCCUUGAUCUUGAUAACGUUGUUCAUGUGGGCUUGCUAUUGUCUUCUACUUUUUCAUUGGACUUGGUGGCCGAUUCUGAUAUUGAUUGUGCUGGUGAUGUUAAUGAUCACAAGCCCACUCAAGGUUUCUGUUUGUUUCUUGACGAUUCCCUGAUUUCUUGGCAAAGCAAGAAACAAGCUGUAGUUGCCCGUUCUGUUGUCGAAGCUGAGUACCGUGCUAUGGCUCAUGCUACUACUAAAAUUGUUUGA